CAUUUACGCACCACAGCGACCUUCUCCGGUGCUGUCACUACGACGCCAUGGACGGCGGUGAAAAGUCGGAGAACAUUCUCUACCGAGCACUGGUGGAUCGGUUUCGAAGUUUGGAGGCGAGUCACGCAAAGCUCAGAGAGCAAUUGAAUGUACUGGUUCAAGAACAAGGUGUCAAGAAUUCACGGGAUGAUGGGACGUCAGAUUCCGGCGAAGUGACGCUAUACACAGGCUGGCCUUGUGUUCCCGGAGUGUUCUCGUCGGGAAGUCCGUACAGGAACGUGUUGGAGUACAUGGGCCAUGCAGUUCAUGUUAGCAGAGUUGGCUCUGGAGAGAUUAUUUUCUGGAACCGGUCUGCUGAAAAACUUUAUGGAUAUAAGGACUAUGAAGUACUUGGACAAAGAGCUGAAGAGCUGCUUAUUGAUGAAGAGCAUUACACUUCCGCAAAGAAAAUCAUGGAAGCGUUGAGCUUUGGUCAAUCUUGGUCAGGUCAGUUCCCCUUUAAGAAGAGGUCCGGGGAGAUUUUUAUGGCGAUAGUGACAAAAAGCCCAUUAUAUGAGGAUGGUGAGCUUGUUGGUAUUAUCACUGUCUCAAGUGAUGCGGUUGUAUUUAACAAUAAAAACUCUGAAAACAUGAGAACGCAUCAGGAUCGUCCUAAUGGCCAACCUAAAGUACAGGGAAUAAAUAUGAAAAAGAUGCAGUGGCAUCCACGUCCACAGAUUGCUUCCUCUGUUUCCAAUCUGGCCUCAAAAGUUCUGUUUCGAAAACGAAUGGAUGAUGAAUGCAAUGCAUGUGGAAUUGCCGGAGACAGAGAGAAGACAGUACAUGAUGCUCACAAUGUUAGAUAUGAGAAACCAUCCCAAACACCAACAGCAAAGCCUAGUUUCAGUUUGCACAUUGACAAAAGCACAACUGAUGCAGCCAGCUCCGAGAAGGAUGAAUCUUCAUCCGAAUUUGCUCAGCCAUCUAGAAUAGCUGUGAAGGUCCUAUCGAAAUUGCCUAUUCGGGGAAUUGGUAACCUGGGAAAAGUCAAGAAUGAGAGUACUCGACAGAAUGUUUCCAAUGAUAGUAAGGUGAGGAAGGACUCAUAUACUCAAAGAGCUUCCGAGGAAACUUCAUGCCACUCUGGUGAUUAUGGUGGUCAUGAGGAAGAUAACUCCCAGAAAGAAACUCCCUUUGCUGCAGAAAGCACAUAUGCACAUGUAAAUUCAGAAACGAUUGCCACGGGUAAUGAGGAGGGUUCUUCUGUUGAAGCCUUGGCAAGAGACUCCAAUCAGUGCUCUGAGGUGCCUGGACGCAAAUAUUGGUUGUCAAAGUCAGGUUUCCCAUUGGAUGCAAAGGAGUUGGUGUCGGAUAUACAAAGUUCGGAGUUCCUGGAGAUAGACAAUGCAGUGCAACGGCAUCCAGAUGCUCAACAGUUCCCAAGUUCAGGGGGUAGCGUUGGCAGCAUCCAUGAAAGUUCAUCAAGCAAAGAUGAAAAUGAGUCAAACUUGGUAGUGGCUUCUGAAAUUCGUUGGGAAGACCUACGUUUGCUAGAGGAGGUUGGACAAGGUUCAUUUGCUGUUGUGUAUCGUGGAAUCUGGAACGGAUCGGAUGUUGCCGUUAAGGUUUAUUUUGGGAAUCAAUACAGUGAGGACACUUUAGUUGACUACAGGAAAGAGAUCAAUAUAAUGAGAAGACUGAGGCAUCCGAAUGUGUUGCUGUUUAUGGGACCAGUAUAUUCAGAGGAAAAACUGGCCAUAGUGACAGAGUUCUUGCCAAGGGGAAGCCUCUUUAAAACACUUCACAAGAACAAUCAGUCGUUAGAUAUCAGACGUCGUCUGAGGAUGGCUCUUGAUGUGGCAAGAGGUAUGAAUUAUUUGCAUCACAGAAACCCACCAAUAGUACAUAGAGACCUAAAAUCUUCGAACCUGCUUGUUGACAAAAACUGGACUGUCAAGGUUGGAGACUUUGGCCUAUCAAAGUUGAAGAAUGCAACCUUCUUAACUGCAAAAUCUGGACGAGGAACGCCUCAGUGGAUGGCACCCGAAGUCCUUCGCAAUGAACCAUCAAAUGAGAAGUCAGAUGUCUUCAGUUUUGGGGUCAUUGUUUGGGAACUAAUGACUGAAUCUAUACCGUGGAGCAACUUGAAUUCCUUGCAGGUGGUUGGAGUUGUUGGCUUCAUGGAUCACAGGUUGGACAUACCCGAAGGCCUUGAUCCCCGAGUUUCCUCCAUUAUCCAUGACUGUUGCCAAAGCAACCCGGAACACCGCCCAUCAUUUGAAGACAUUAUUCAGAGAAUGACAGACUUGAUCCAGACAAUUUCAGGAGUGUCAGCUAAGAGGAGCUCAUAAUAGCCUUAAUUGCAUUAUAUUUUCCAGACAAGCCUUUUUUUCUUUUUUCCUUAUGUGGGUUCUGUAUAAAUUUGGCUUUGAAUUCAUCUCAAUGGUACGGUGGGAGAAUUGAAACAGAUCACUAGAGUUAGGUUGGUAGAAUUUACUCUCUUUUUUUUGUGCUAGAGCUGCAUGGAGGCAUUGUUAGUGUAACUAAUAUGACAUAACUCGUCGUUAGUGAUCAUGCCAUGGACAAAUCACUGAUCCAAUUAGGGAAAGUUUGAAAGAGUUUGGGGUUCUUGACAUUUAAGUUUGAGUUGCUUCUGG